UUUCACAAUUUCAACUUUUCAUUUCGACAGUUGGCUCGAGAACAUUUCAAAAACUGAAGCACUAUGCGUACUAAAAAUGCUCCAAAGAAGCAGGAUAAUACUGAUAAUGGCCAAAAAUUUGUGAUUUCAAAGACGGAUUUCUCCAACCAACUCGCCGAGCUUGCUCCCAAAAUGAGCUUCACACCAGGCGCCAAGAAUGCUCUGCAAACCGCCGCCGAAGGUCUCAUGGAGGACAUGUUCAGGUCGGCGGGUCUUGUUGCCGCCGCAAAUGGGAAGAUCAAAGUGGAGAUGGUGCAUUUGGAAGUGAUAAAGAAGCAUUUUAUGAAUGUCUAGAGAAACAGAAAACUCGGGAAUAUUUAUUGAUAAAAAUCUAUGUAAAUUUAGAACAAUUUGAA